UGAAAUCACAUUUUGACCUGCGUGUACUAAUACAUUACAUAACCUCGAUUUAGAUGAAAUAAAGAAAACGGUAGCCACGCAGGUGAGGCAUGAUAGCCUAUGGAAGUAAAUUACAUAAUACAAUCAGACAACGAUGAAGAACAAGGAUAAAAAUUACCCACAAGACCACCCACGUAAUCUCAUACCAGAAUUGUGUAACCAGUUUUAUCAUUUAGGAUGGGUUACUGGUACCGGCGGGGGAGUCAGUAUCAAGCAGGGGGAAGAAAUAUUUAUAGCUCCGUCAGGUGUACAAAAAGAACGAAUUCAUCCUGAAGAUUUAUUUGUUCAGACAAUACAUGGUGAAGAUAUCAGCCAUCCGCCUCCGUCCAAAAAAUUACGAAAGAGUCAAUGUACGCCAUUGUUCAUGAAUGCCUUUACCAUGAGAGGGGCCGGUGCUGUAAUACAUACUCAUUCAAAACAUGCUGUCAUGGCAACACUGUUGUAUCCUGGGACAGAAUUUAGAAUAACUCAUCAAGAAAUGAUCAAAGGAAUACAGAAGCAUAAAUCAGGCGGUCACUACAAAUAUGACGAUGAAUUGAUCGUGCCUAUAAUUGAAAAUACACCAGAAGAAAAAGAUCUAAAGAAAAGAAUGGCGUUAGCAAUGGAAGAUUACCCAGAAUCCUGUGCUGUACUUGUUCGUCGUCAUGGAGUUUAUGUUUGGGGACCAACGUGGGAGAAAACCAAGACUAUGUGCGAGUGUUAUGAUUAUUUAUUUGAAAUUGCCAUUGAGAUGAAGCAAAACGGCCUUGACCCCGAAGAGGUACCAAUACCUCCAAAAGGAGCAUACAUCCAGUGAUAUGAAAGCAUCUGAUUAACAUGGAAUCCAAUACUAGUAACUCAUCAUACACAAGGACCUAGGUCAAUCAACGC